UUGGGGUUAACGAAAUUUUCCUAACAAUGACCCAAACCAAAACUGAACCCACUGCCAAUGAUCCUAGUUCUAAACCGCAGGAACAGGAUAGCGUCACCGAGGAAGAAGUAUCCAUCGGAAGUAUCGCCGCUAUCCCGGAAAGGCAGUACAGCAGCACUGAUUCCAUGUCCUGCCGGAUCUGCCAGAGUGCCACGGACAAGUCACGUUUAAUCUCACCCUGCCUGUGCAAAGGAACGCUCCGAUACGUGCACCGAGAGUGCCUCGAGCACUGGCUCAGCCGGUCUGGACUUACCCACUGCGAGCUGUGUUUGCACAGGUUCCAAACGUACACCACGCUCAGGUACGGCUGCUGUGAAUCCCUGUGGCUAUGGUAUCGUCACCCGAGCAAUCGAGGGUUACUUCUGUCGGACGCACUGAUUUAUGUCGUCCUGUCAUUCAUCUGCUUCAUGCUGACGAUGAUCUGCGUUCUGGUGCUUCGCUUCCAGUACGACCGGGGCAGCAGCCUGCAGGAGACCCUUGCCUCGACGGCCAUCGUUUGCUUUCUGCUCCUGGUGCUAAUUGUGUACCUGACCAACAUCGUCGUGCUGGCCAAGGACCACCUCGUUCCGUGGUAUCGAUGGUGGCGUUCGUCCCGGAGGAUUCGACUGUCGGAGAUUACCCUGGAGGAACCCGGCAGCCAUAGCCAUUUGGGAACUGUGGUUUGAGCUUGAUACUAGAGGCAGUGCGUUUGAGGGUUGGAUAUUUUGCGU